UUUUGUUUUACAAUUUCAGUACAACAGUGUCUGUUGACUGUUUGAAUUAUCAUCGAGAACAAACAAAAUCAAAAAAAGAAACCAUGACGUACAAUACUUUGUUCAUGUUUGUACAACUGUUGAUGACAAUUUGUUCGGGAUGGUCUGCCAAUUCAAACCCGCUUUUGAGUUCUCCAAUCGGUCCUUACCGAGUAGUCUUCAAACAAGUUUAUAUUUGCAAUCCUAAACAGAAUAAUAAAAUCCAACAUUACUUGUAUUUAAGUCACAAAGCCAAUUCAACAUGGAUUUUCGGAAAUACUACUCUUGAAAUACCUUUGGACGACACUUUCUUCUUGGAAAUGUCAAUGUCUGUCAAAGAUUCGUUUGGAAAUUGGAAAGAAAAUGUAUUUAUGCAUAAAGUAUCGAAGGCGUGUUCGUCAUUCAAAAAACUUAUGGGAAAUACAUGGAAAUUAUUCUUACAUGGUAAUGGAAUUCAAAAUACUGAGUGCCCAAUACUUCCGGGUGUUUAUAAAAGUCCUGGUUUUGAUCUGUCAUUGUUCGAUAAAUCCAAUUUUCCUAAAUCAUUUUUUUAUGGAACAUACAAGUUUCGUAUGUUUUAUUCGAAAUCAAAUGAAAUAUUUGGCUGCCAAGUUUACAUUAUUGAGUUGAAGCGUCCUUGAAACGUAUUGUAUAUUAAAAUACUACAUAAGUACCUACAUACCAAGGAUCUACUCGUGGUGAUCUCUUUAACGAACCAUAUCAAUUAUAUCUAUAAUAAUGAGAAUCAAUAACAUUGUAACGAAAUGGAGGAGUCUCUGUUUCUAUAAA